GGUUCGAUUCCAGCAAGCAUGUCAUCUAUGACAUUCUUGAGCCAUUUGAACUUGUCUUAUAAUGAUCUUUCAGGAUCAAUUCCAUCAACAAACCAGUUCCAAACCUUCAAUGAUCCAUCCAUUUUUGAAGGAAACCCAAAACUUUGUGGGGCUCCAUUGCAGAUCAACUGUUCAAUACACAGAAGUGAUGCUCCGGAUGACAAAACUGACAAGGGCAGAAACGGCGAGAAUAUUUGGUUCUACAUAGGAGUGGUGUCUGGAUUUGUGGUGGGAUUUUGGGCUGUCUUGGGAACUUUGGUGAUCAAGAGGUCUUGGAGACAUGCUUACUUUCGGUUUGUGGAAGAAAUGACAGACAGGAUCUGCGUCUUCACUGUAGUGAAGGCUACUUGUUUGCAGAAGAUGCUGAAGGGUGAAAGAAGCUGAGACAAUAUAUGGCAAAGGUACAUAUAUAACUUUCACUUCUACUUACACAUAGUACUUGUAUAACCCAUUUUAAAUUAUAAGCUUUUGUUUGUUCUUUCAGACAAUAAAUUGAGGUCUUCGAGGUUUAUCAAUUAUACUCCAAAAAGCAAUUUGGACUGCUGCAAACUAUACUGUCUUCCUUGAAGGCUUUGGAUUAUGAAGACAGAUGACUAGUUUGGUGGAUGUUUACUUUGUGAUGCCAAUAAUAAUAGGCUAACAUCAGCCUUCAUAUUUUUGUUGUUUUUGUUGUUUUUUUUGUCACGGAAUGUCUAUGUUUUCCAUCCGCUGUUAUCUGGUUUGGAGUAUCGAUGAAAAAUGUCUUGUUUAUGUUAUUUUGAACUAUUGAAUUUGAUGUUUUGUGUGAUUCUUAUGCAACCUAAGUUUAUUCAAUUUCUUAAAAAGCAAGACAUAAAAACGGUUUUUUUUUUUAAUGAAAAAGCAUUGCUAUG